AAUUCCGAUGCACUAGCUAGGUAGGCAGAAAAGCCCCAGGAACUUAUAUUUCAUUUUCUGUUUGGUCACCAUCAGCACAGGUGACCAUCAGCACAGUCCACCAUCACAAGAGACCACGCAGUCCCAGAUUCGCAGACAAGCUCCAGCAUGUUCUGAACAGGAGGUACUGGAUCUCAUCGCAUGUUGGGGAGACAAAUCUAUUAUGGCAGAACUGUGUUCCAAAAAAAGAAAUGCAAAUACAUAUGCUAAAGUCUCCAGGGCCAUGAUGGAAAGAGGCUACUGCAGGGACACAGAGCAGUGUCGUACAAAAAUCAAGGAGCUCAGGCAAGUGUACCAAAAAGCCAGGAAGGCGAAUGGGCGCUCUGGGUCACAGCCCCAUACAUGCCGCUUCUACCAUGAGUUGCAUGCAGUUAUGGGAGGUGACGGUACCACUACCCCACCACUGUCUGUGGACACCUGCAAGGGGGGAGUUGAAUGGAGCUUGGAGGAUGAAGAGGAGGAGGAGGACAGUGCACAGGCGGCAAGUGGGGAAUCCGUUUUCCAUCCUAGCCAGGAACUAGCCUUAACGCUGGAGCCAACAGCCUCCCCCACUCCCAAAGCAGGCUCCCAGACCAUGACCCUGGAGAAGGCACUUCUGGUGCAAAUGUUUCAAUGCGGCCCCUAUCUACUCCGUCCCAGAGGCUGUUCCAGAUUAGAAGGUGGGGAAAAAAAGAACUUGGGACAACAUAUUUGCCAAGCUUAUACAGUCCUCCUGCACUGAUAGGGCCCAGCUGAAUAUGUGGAGGCAAACAAUUGACCUACUUUACGGAGUCCCGUAAAGUGUUAAAUGAACACGAAGAGAGGAGGGACGCGUGCGUUGAGAGCAGGCAGGAUGCUAUGGUCAAGCUCAUGAGGGAGCAAACUGACAUGCUCCGCUGUAUGGUGGAUCUAAUGCGGGAAAGGCAGCAGGACCACAGACUGCCGCUGCAGGCCCUGUAUAACCGCCUUCCCUCCUCCCCAAGUUCCAUAGCCUCACUCAGAUGCCUAUGAACACGGGAGCAGGGGGAGAGGCUAUGGGGAUCCACACGCUCAACCCCAAAGGAUUUCACAAGCAGCAGAAAGCUGUCAUAUCUGAAAUUUUGAUUUGGCUUCUGGAUUUGUCCUUCCCUCCUCCUCCACCUCCCUAAUCCAAUCCCCCCUUCUCCCUGGUCUACCUUCUGAUUUCUUUCA